AUGUCCGCUGACCAUUCAAGAGACCCAUGUCCAAUAGUAAUCCUAAAUGAUUUCGGUGGUGCGUUCGCCAUGGGUGCCAUAGGUGGUGUCAUAUGGCAUGGAAUUAAAGGUUUUAGAAAUUCACCUAUUGGAGAACGUCGUUUGGGUUCCAUGAACGCCAUCAAGGCUCGUGCCCCCGUAUUAGGUGGGAACUUUGGUGUUUGGGGUGGUCUAUUUUCCACUUUUGACUGUGGUGUCAAAGCAGUAAGAAAGAGAGAAGAUCCAUGGAAUGCUAUCAUUGCUGGGUUCUUCACUGGUGGGGCCCUGGCUAUUAGAGGUGGAUGGAAGCAUACAAGAAAUAGUGCCAUCACUUGUGCUUGUUUGUUAGGUGUCAUUGAAGGUGUUGGGUUGAUGUUCCAAAGAUACGCUGCUUGGCAGGCCAAACCAAUGGCACCCCCAUUACCAGAUGCGACUCCACAACCUUUACAAGCCUGA